AAGCAUGGGGAAGGGUAGAGCAAGCAGCAUUCUCUCCAUCCCAUCUUGUUCCGGGAAUCGGUUUUUCUCCGGAUAAAAUGCUCCAGGGACGUAUUCUUUCUUAUGUGGACACCCAGUACCAUCGACUUGGUCCCAAUCAUAAACAAAUCCCAAUCAAUUGCCCCUAUCGUGCUCGCCCUCAAAACACGCAACGUGAUGGUCUUAUGACUAUUGACAGCCAAGGUAAUGCCCCAUCCUAUUUCCCAGACAGUUUCAAUGGGCAUGUUGAGCACAAAGACCGAGUAGAACACGUGUACAAUUUGCAUGGAGAAGUGAACCGUCAUGCUCCAAAUACGGAUGACGAUUUCGUACAGCCAAGAGAGCUUUGGCGACGGAGGGGAGCGCUGGGCAACGCAACGCACGCCGCGCAACCGCCACGCGUGCAUCGUCGGUAUACGCGAAGAACUGAUCUAAGUGUAUUAAAAGAUGAUGAAAAGGCUCGUUUGAUUGAAAAUACUGCCGGUAUGCUGAAAGACGCCUCAACAGUCGUUCAAGAGCGAUUCUUGGAGAACUACGCAAAGGUUGACCCUGCCCUCGCUGAAGGAGUGAAGCAGGCAGUUGCAAAACUAAUUGCCAAUAAGGUGGAAUUAGCUCACUCAAAUGUCUGAGU